CUAUUCUUGGUGGAAUUUCAUUUUCCUUGUUGCCAAACACUCCCAAUUCGUUCAUUAUGGCAAAUCUUCCUCGAUUCGGCCGUACAUGGCAACGUCAGGCUGUGGUUGCGCCGCCAGCUCCCGCCGCCGUGCCGCCAUCAGUUCCGACCACCCAAACUCUGCAACCUUUCGAACCCAACCUGCCGCCAUCGGCUUCUCCUGCGUCUUCCCCUUUGAAAGCAUCUCCCGGCCGGCGAGGUCCUUCCGCGUCGCCGAAAUACAGAGCUGCCGCCAAACGUGUGGGUAGUUCGCCGGCGAAGUCCGCACGAUCGCCGCCGGCGUCUCCUGCAACCAAAUAUUCCGACCGGGGACAUGCCCAAACAACCCCACCUCUCUCGCCGGCCAAGUCCCGGCGAACAGCAACGCCGCCACUUUCUCCUCUUGCUCUUCCACGUACCGCAAAUGGCGCGCUCCAUUCUAGCGUGUUGCCGGAGGUGGAGAAGAAAAGUGUUCUGUACAACAAGACCGUCGAGAAGCCGGCGAAGUCUGGCCGGCCGUCGGAGCACGGCUCCGGUAAGCCGCCGCAGGCGGAGGUUAUAAACCUCACCGGACACAACGUAGGCGCCGUCAUGGAAAUAAAUCAGUCCUCCGCCAAACAUUCCGCCGGUGAAAUCAUAAAAAAGAAAGAAUCUGAAACGGAAUUAGGUGGGGCCCACCACGGAAAUGAUGAGAGGAAGACAGGGGCAAAAAAGGAAUUGCCGGGGACUGCGUUCAUGAACAGCAACUUUCAGAGUGUGAACAAUUCCGUGCUGUACGACUCGUCGUGCAGCCACCGUGAUCCCGGCCUGCAUCUCGCCUUCUCCGACACGGCGGACGGCGGCGGCGGAGCCAUUGUUGACGGUCAUAACAAGAAUUACAAGCCCUAGAGGACGAUGGUCGAAGCGAAAGAGUACUGUUUUAUAAGAAAUAAUAAGCCAAUUAAAUGGGUUAACGUAAUAUUUUAAAAAAUAUACAUAAUUAAUAAUUAUUAUAUGUGAAAAAGGGCUGUGAUCUUCAUAGUCUUCCCCUUGGCUGUUAAUUAUUUAGCUUCCUGAAAAUUAUGCCACAAAAAUUGAAAAUAAUAGA